AUGACCAGCCUGAAGCGCCCACCCAUGGAGCACUCUGUCGGGGGUUCCAUUCCUGCCACUAAUGAGUUUUACACCGGCCACCUCCGGAUGGUGAACGGAGGAGCCGUGCCCAUGCGCCCAGACAGCGUCCACGCCACUGUGAGCACGGGGGUGCCCAAAAUGGGUGUCCGGGCUCGGGUCGCCGACUGGCCCCCGAGGAAAGAGCUGCCAGGGGUUCUGUGGCACCCGUCUAACGAGGCCGAGAACCCCGGCGGGCCCUCUGUUAGCAAAGGUCACAUUAAGCUCGGGUCGGUGCUGAGCCCUCAGGACUCAUCCAUGCUGCGGAACAUCCACAACACUCUGAGGAGUCGGACCCAGGCCCAGGCCAACAACUACAGCCCCGACGCCCGUUACCUGGCCCCCGGGGACUACAGGGGUCCCGCGCUUCGGAACCCGCGACAGAGACGCAUCCGGCAGCGCAGCAAUAGCGACAUGACCAUCAGCGAGAUGGAAGGCAGCGGGGACAGCGGAGAGGACUGGGGUCCGUCAUCGGGGGCUAAAUGGUCCCCGCUCCACCGGGAAUAUGGCAGCACCUCCUCGAUAGAUCAGCACGGAGUGUCUGGAGAGAGCUUCUUCGAGAUGCUUAAGGGCUACCAAGGGGACAAAGUGGACCAGCGUAGCCCCGCUCCAGAGAAGCUGGAGGACAUGCUGAAUGUCGGGGCAAAGCAGGCAAGCAUAGACCUGCAGGAGGACGUGACCGACGGGCAUCUUCUCAAACCCAAAGACAAAGACAAGCCUCAUAAGAGACGAUCCAAGUCAGAGACAGGCGGGGAGUCUAUAUUCCGAAAGCUGAGGAACGUCCGAGGUGAGCUGGACUCCCCCAGAAUGGGGUCAGACUUGGAGGACGGUCGGACGGAGGACGGGGGCCCCGCUCUGAAGCCCUGGCUCUGUCAGAGAGGCUUCGCCCACUACGACGUCCAGAGCAUGCUUUUUGACCUGAACGAAAUCACCCAGCUGCGGCAGAGCGCGGGCAAGAGGAAAAACACCACCACGGGGGCGUCCGCCGCCGCCGUGGCCUCCGCCACCUCCACGCUGUCGUCCACCCACAGCCUGCCCUACAGCUCCCCCAGCGGCAGCCAGGAGGAGCUCAGCUCCAGGGACAGCCCGGGCCCGGACGCGGGGGACGAGCAAAGCAACGAAAUGCUGCUGAGCUGCCCAUGCUUCCGCAACGAGAUCGGAGCCGACGGCAACGGGAGACGCCGCCCAGGGGCCGGGGGGGCCGGGUACCACGGGCUGGGGGGCGGCGGGGGCAGCGGAGGCAGCUCGGGGACCCUUUCUGGGGAAGGCAGCAUGUACGAAACAUCCGUGAGCACACACUGCACCAAUGCUGGAGUAGCAGUUCUGGAGGGACCCAAAGAGGGGGCGAGCACGCUCAGCGAAAAGGGCAAACAAUACAUCGUGGAGCACGUGGACCUCGGAGCCUACUACUACAGGAAGUUCUUCUACCUUAGAGAUCACUGGAACUACUUUGGGAUAGACGAGGCUCUGGGUCCAGUGGCAGUGAGCCUGCGCAGAGAGAAGCUGGAGGAAGAUAAGGAGCACGGUCAGCAGUAUAACUACCGCCUCAUCUUCAGAACCAGCGAGCUGACAACCCUUCGAGGUUCAAUACUGGAGGAUGCGGUUCCUUCCACCUCGAAGCACGGCACCACCCGCGGGCUGCCCAUCAAAGAGGUACUGGAGUACCUGCUGCCAGAACUGGAUCUGUCCUGCCUCAGACUGGCUCUCAACACACCCAAAGUCACAGAGCAGCUGAUGAAACUGGAUGAACAAGGGCUGAGUUUUCAGGUGAAAGUGGGCGUGAUGUACUGCCGAGCAGGGCAGAGCACAGAGGAGGAGAUGUACAACAACGAGACAGCGGGGCCCGCCCUGGAAGAGUUCCUCCAGCUGCUGGGGGACAAGGUCCGCCUCAAGGGCUUCACCAAAUACAGAGCCCAGCUGGACACCAAAACGGAUUCCACGGGCACCCACUCCCUGUACACCUCCUACAAGGACUAUGAGAUCAUGUUUCACGUGUCGACUCUACUGCCAUACACGCCCAACAACAAACAGCAGUUGCUGAGGAAACGCCACAUUGGGAACGACAUUGUGACCAUUGUGUUCCAGGAGCCGGGAGCUCACCCUUUCACUCCCAGGGCCGUUCGCUCGCACUUUCAGCAUGUCUUCAUCAUGGUGCGGGUGCACGACCCCUGCUCCGACAACACAUGCUACAGUGUGGCUGUCACCCGCUCUCAAGACGUCCCCUCCUUCGGCCCACCCAUCCCCAAGGGUGUCACCUUCCCGAAAUCUACCGUCUUCCGGGACUUCUUACUAGCCAAAGUCAUCAACGCCGAGAACGCAGCCCACAAGUCGGACAAGUUCGGUGCCAUGGCAACGCGCACGAGGCAGGAGUACCUGCGGGACCUGGCGGAGCGCCACGUGACCACCACACCAGUGGAGCCCACCGGGAAAUUUCCCUUCAUCUCCCUGGCUCACAAAAGGCGGGAAAAGGUGCGUCCGUACAGCGGGGCGGAGCUGCGGAGCCUGGGCGCCAUAACCUGGCAGGUCCACGCCGAAGAUCAGGUGGCGGGGGCCGAACGGGAGUGCCUGCUGGCCAUCUCCAACGACUUCAUCAUCCUGCUGGACCAAGAGGCCAAGGCGGUGGUGUUCAACUGCGCCACGCGGGACGUGAUCGGCUGGUCGACCGGCAGCCCCGCCUCCAUGAAGAUCUACUACGAGCGCGGGGAGAGCGUAUCGCUGCGCUCCAUCAACAACAACACAGAGGACUUCGGAGAGGUCGUCAAAAGACUGGAGCUGCUGACCAAGGGAAGCCAGACCACAGAGAUGACGCUGCGCCGCAACGCUCUGGGCCAGUUGGGCUUUCAUGUCAACUUCGAGGGGAUAGUAGCCGAAGUGGAGCCCUACGGGUACGCCUGGCAGGCUGGGCUAAGGCAGGGCAGCCGAUUGGUGGAGAUCUGCAAGGUGUCGGUGGCCUCUCUGUCUCACGAGCAGAUGAUCGACCUGCUAAGAACCACAGUCACGGUGAAGGUGGUCAUCAUUCCCCCACAUGACGACUCCACUCCACGCAGAGGCUGCUCCGAAAUAUACCACAUGCCACUUGUGGACUACAAGAACCACAAAGAAGGAAUGCCAUAUGAGUUAAAGUUCCCCUUCCGCCCAGCAAACAACAACAACAGCAAGUGGCCGCGCACCUCGUCCAGCCCUCAAACUCGCGCCGCUGGCUCGGGGGGAACCCUCAUCAAGGCCCCGCCCUCCGAACUCAGCGACCGCGGCUGUGCUGUUAUUCCCCGCAGCGUGUCCAGCGACGGGCGGCCUCUCAACCCAAAAAGAUAUUCCCCCGGGAAUGAAAACUAUGCUCUCGCCUGCUCCAUUGUGAUGGGCCGCACACUGCACAACACAAACUCACCCUCCAGCCUCUCCUACACAGACACCGUGAGCUCCGGCCACUGGAGGCAGAAGUCCAUGCCUGAUGGGUUUAAUAACAACUGCCAGUCGCCGGGGUCAUCCGUGCGGCAGGUGGCCGGUGAGGAGGGCAUUGGGAUGAAGGCGUGCUCUAGCGGUGGGGUCGGAUGGACCCGACCGGGGGAGGGGGACGCGGCCGGAAGGCACGGGGACAAAACCGGCUCAGACACUGUGGUGUCCAAGGUGGUGAUUCCUCGGCUGCAGGCGUCCGAUCAGAGCAGCCACAUGUCCCCCAACAAGAGCACCAAGACAGACGCUCCGUACUCGUCCAGCCAGUCCAGCAGCAACACGCUGUCCAGCAACGCCUCCAGCUCGGCGCACAGCGACGAGAAGUGGUACGAGGUGGGCUCCCGGUCCGGAGCCCGCAGCGACCUGGAGCUCAACGGCUACCUGCAGGGCGCCUCCACCGACAGCGGCAUAGACGCCACCUCUUUCACCGCCACCCAGAGCAGCACGGCCUCCUCCACCGGAGCCUCCCGGGCCAAGGAGAAGACGCCAUGGCGGGAAGAUCCCGCCGACGGCCAGAGAGGCGCCGACUCCUCCCCGCCGACACCCGACUGUCACGUCGCCACGGGAGGCAGCGAGAAAAGCCCCGCCGCCGUUCCAGUGGGGGCAGAUAGCGGUUCCUACAGCCUGAGCGAUGCCGCCUCCCACUCUAGCACAAUCAGCUCCGGUCACUCAGGGAGUCCGGUGGGACAGGGCUGCAGCGCCGGGCCACCCCAGAACGAGGCGCCCGCCACAAACGUCUCACCCACAUCUCAAGCCUCCCAGAACCCCCUGUCCCCGGGUACCAAGAGCUUCUACCCUCGUCAGGGAGCGACCUCAAAGUACCUUAUUGGCUGGAGGAAGCCAGGCGGAACUGUGAACCCCGUGGACUUUGGCAGCACUCGCAAACGGCACCAGAGCGACGGCCUGCUGGGAGGUCAACCUCAGCUCAGGGCCAAUCUCCGAGGCUCCCAGUCACCCCAGCGGCAAACUGCCAAAUCCAGCCUGGAAGAAGACUUGAAGAAGCUCAUCACACUUGACAGCCCUCCUCCCACUACAAACGAAGAGAAGCCGCUGUUUCCCGGCCCGCCGGCCAGACGCCGCUCUCUUCAGAGAACGCUGUCAGAUGAGAGCAUCUACAGCGGGCAGAGGGACUUCAGUGGACAGCGGGACACGCCCACUGACCUCCUCUUCACCUGCUCCACCGUUCCACGGUCACCCACCACCCGGAAAGGACCGAGCCGGAGAGCCUCACACAAAUCCCUGGGAGACCUGACGGCCCCGGAGAGCUCGGAGCUGGAGCAGGAGAGGAGGAGGCAGCAGCAGCUGGAGCCUGUCCUCAUGCCCCUGCCCGACACCGGGGCCGACGGCCCGCUCGACUGGGCCCACUUGGUGGACGCCGCCAAGGCCUUUGAGGAGCAAAGGCUGGUUUUUCUAGCAGCUCAAGAGGAGAAUUCGGCAGCGGAGAGCGCAGCCGCUUCCAGCUCGCAGCAGGCCGAGCCCCAGGCAGCUCCGCAGAGACAGCCUUCGCCCGGAGAGACUCCGGCCUGCUUGAUGGGGAAAGUGAGCCAGCUCGAGACCAUGGUGAAGGUACUGCAGGAGGACCUGAAGAAGGAGAGGGACGCCAAGGCCUCUUUGCAGGCUCAGAUUCAGAGCCUGCGAGAGGACAACCAGCGCCUCCUGGAGGAGUCGUACAGCGCCUCAGCCAAGCUAAAGAAGUUCACAGAGUGGGUCUUCAACACAAUCGACAUGAACUGA